GUUAAAAAACAUAAAGAAACAAUAGACAGCAAAGUAUCGUCCACACAACAACCGCCUGCCGGUACCCUUCUGUCUGACAUUGCACAUCUCUUUCCGAACGUAAUGGAUAAAGAUGUCGUAUUACAGUCGGAACCAAACGAAAAAAGUGAAAUUCCCAUAUCCGCCACAAACAAAAAGGGAAACGAAACCGGUAAGAAGAGGAAGCACAAAGAGGCUGGAAUCAUACCGGAAGAAAAGAAAGCUGCGACUGUACAAACGGUUAAGCCGAUUAAAGAAGCAGCACACGGUACGACAAUAGACGAUUCUGAUGAUGAUUUUGACAACCCACCUUGGAAAAAAACAAGGUCAGGUGCGGGUCAACAAGUAGUUGAAAAAACACAACAACCCGCAUAUGCUACAUCAAUCAAAGACUCUAAAACACACAAGAAGCGACAACCGGUAAAGAAUUACAUACCACUUGCUGAUGGGAAACUAACUAUGCGAUUGGCUCUUAAACACAUGGGGGAGUUAAUGGAAUCUUUGAACGAAAAUCAACGGGGGGCUGUCCGAAACAUAGGUUUCGGGUCAAUACUUAGCUUUCGAAUGGGUCCGAUUCCCUCAACUCUGAGUUGGUGGUUGGUAAAUAAUUACGACACUAAAACACGGGUCUUGAAUUGCGGUAGCCACCACAUUCAAAUAACAGAGGAAUUGGUGCACGAUGUGUUCGGAGUACCGAGAGGGAACGAAGAAAUAAAGGAAGUAGCGAGGGCAAGGGCUGAUUUCCACGAGGUUGUGGCAGAAUGGAAAGCACAAUUCGAAAGUGAUCCUGCACGCUUGACGCCUGUUCAGUUCAAAACAUACAUGCAGGGGCAACAAGCGAGCGGACGGAUCUUUGUGUUGAACUUUUUGUUGUUCUACAACACACUUCUGGGAGAGACAACUACGAAUUCAUCAAUUAAUAUGAAGUUUUUACCAGCAUUGCAUCGAGGGAAGGAUAUCAAAAGUUUUAACUGGUGUGAGUACAUGAUCAGGUGUCUGGAUCGAACGGUGGAAGCAUGGACACCAAAGGAGCCCUUCCUUGGACCAAUGCCAUUGCUAGUGGCUGCGUUGAUACGUGACCAGAAGAUAUACAAAGAAGGUGAACAAAGAGCAGCGCAUCUCAUCGAAGAUAUCAAUGAUGACGAUAUCGAGGCAGUGAGCAUAAAGUUGGACUCGGUCAGAUUAGAUCAAAUCUUAGUGGAAGAGUACGAGUUGCAACCGGAACAAAGGUAUCCAUUUGCAAAAAAAGAGUGAUGACGACAUCGAAGCA